CUUGUCCCCAUACCUUGUCGAAAAUGCAGCGCGGCCUGCCUAUGCAACCGACGGUGGUCCUCCUGAAGGAGGGCACCGAUACCUCGCAAGGGACCCCGCAGUUACUAUCGAACAUAUCUGCAUGCCUUGCCAUCGCUGAAACUCUCGCAAGCACGCUUGGUCCAAGGGGAAUGGAUAAACUCAUUGUGAACGAGCGUGGAGAUGCACAAAUCACUAAUGACGGCGCGACGAUCCUCAAGCUUCUCGAUAUUGUGCAUCCUGCUGCCAAGACUCUGGUGGAUAUCGCGAGAGCGCAAGAUGCAGAAGUUGGCGAUGGAACAACGAGCGUGACACUUCUGGCAGCUCAGCUGUUGAAGGAGGUUCGGGGUUACAUUGAGGAAGGUGUGAGCCCUCACAUCAUCAUGAAGGGUUUCCGCAAGGCCGCCCAACUCGCCGUGGACAGGAUCAAGGAGAUUCAAGUCUCCGUGGAUAAGUCAGACCCGGAGCGCUUCCGAUCCCUUCUAUUGAAGUGCGCUUCGACCUCAAUGUCAUCCAAGCUCAUCCACUCGGAGAAACCAUUCUUCUCCAACAUGGUCGUCGAUGCGGUCCUGUGCCUUGAUCAGAACGACCUGGACGAAUCGCUCAUCGGUGUCAAGAAGAUUCCCGGUGGCGGGACUCAGGACUCGCAGCUGAUCCGCGGCGUCGCCUUCAAGAAGACAUUCACCUAUGCUGGUGCCGAACAGCAACCGAAAACGUUCAAAAACCCUCUGAUCCUCUGUCUCAACGUCGAGCUCGAGCUAAAAGCAGAAAAAGACAAUGCCGAGGUCCGCGUGGAACACGUAGCCGACUACCAGGCUAUUGUGGAUGCCGAAUGGGAAAUCAUCUACCGUAAACUCGCAGAGAUCGAAAAGACUGGCGCCAAGGUAGUCCUCAGCAAGCUGCCGAUCGGUGAUCUUGCGACGCAAUGGUUUGCCGACCGCGAUAUAUUCUGCGCGGGCCGUGUAACUGCGCAGGAUCUUCGGCGAGUCGUACAGGCCGUUGGUGGUUCGGUUCAGUCAACAUGCUCUGACAUCGCUCGGGAACACCUUGGCACUUGUGGAAGUUUCGAGGAGAGACAAAUAGGCGGGGAGCGUUACAACGUCUUCGAGGAAUGCCCGAAAGCGAAGACCUGCACACUCCUACUUCGGGGCGGCGCGGAGCAAUUCAUCGAAGAGGUCGAACGCAGUUUACACGAUGCGAUAAUGGUUGUCAAGCGUGCAGUCAAGAACGGAGAGGUCGUUGCUGGUGGCGGAGCCAUCGAGAUGGAACUUUCGGCCUACACCCGAAAGCACGCGCUCGGCAUUCCCGGAAAACUGCAGCUAAUCAUGAUCGCGUUCGCCAAGGCUCUAGAAAUAAUCCCGCGCCAAAUCUGCGACAACGCCGGACUGGAUUCCACGGAUAUUUUGAACAAGCUGCGGAUGCGUCACGCGAACGCAGAGCGAUCUGGCGCAAGUGCGGACAGAUGGGCCGGUGUCGAUGUCGAUGGAGCUGAGGGAGUUCGCGACAACUUGGAGGCGUUCGUGUGGGAGCCGGCGCUGGUGAAGCUGAAUGCGAUCAGCAGUGCGACGGAGGCGGCUUGCUUGAUCCUGAGCGUGGACGAGACCGUCAGGAACCCUCAGAGUGAACAGCCCAAUCCGGGACCGAAAGCGCCUCCGGGAGCUGCAGCACGGGCGCUACGGGGACGAGGGCGCGGGAUGCCUCGGCGGUAGGGUAGACUUGAAGUGUACGAGCAUGCGUAAUGGUUCCUGUCUGGCGACGGAUGAUAAUUCAACGACCGGCUGGGCGUGUAACAGC